UCGAAUAAUAAAAGUGUUUAAAACUACUAUAAUUUACGAAGUAAUAGAUUCAAACAUGAUUGCAAGAAGGUGAACACAGUCAAGAUCAACUUACCUAUAAUUUUAUUUUUGAUAAAAAAAAUUGUGCAAGGGUUCAUAGUUAUUCAAAUUCAGUAUAAAAAGUUGAACAGCCUAAUUACCCCCAAAAAAAGAAAAAAAGAAAAAAAGAAAAUAGCAGCGUAAUUUCCAAGCCAAUUGUUUCAUCAUUAGCUGGCUCUCUAUACAAACUUUGGAUAGGGAGCACUAACAUGCUGUGGUCUGAAAGGCAGGCGAUUCCAACCUGAACAAACAAAGAUAUUGUAUUACAGCAUAAAUAGCAUGAUUCAAUACAACGAGCGCAUUAUAAGCGGCAAGAUGCGCGCGCCGAGCAACUCAACUCACUGACUCGCACCGUUGCUUUCAUUCCAAAAUUCUUAGUUAAAAAUAUAAUUAAUUCCUUCUCUCUCCCUCUCUGUCUCUCUCUCUCUCUCUGUCUCACUCCCUUCACGUCUUUCUGACCACCGCAUGUUCAUUCAUUUACUCACUCUCUCUCUUCCGCUCUCUGCCUUCUGGAAAUGUGAAAUCGAAGAGCAGAGGCCAGAGCGAUACAUAAUUAUAGCAUACGGUUUUUGAGAGGUUAGGGUUUCUCGGAGGCGAGAAGUGAAGAAUGCCGUUGACGAGGUACCAGAUAAGGAACGAGUACGGCUUGGCCGAUCCGGAACUCUACGGAGCAGCCGAUAGAGAUGAUCCAGAGGCUCUCUUGGAAGGCGUGGCCAUGGCUGGCCUCGUCGGCGUUCUGCGCCAGCUCGGCGACCUUGCUGAGUUUGCUGCUGAAAUAUUUCAUGACUUGCAUGAAGAAGUAAUGGCAACUGCAACAAGAGGCCACGGUCUCGUGGUUCGUGUCCAACAGCUUGAAGCAGACUUUCCUUCAAUCGAGAAGGCAUUUCUAUCUCAAACUAAUCAUUCAUCAUUCUUUUCCAAUUCAGGGGUUGACUGGCAUCCUAAUCUGCGUUCUGAACAGAAUAUGAUCACCCGUGGAGACUUACCUCGCUUUGUAAUGGAUACUUAUGAAGAAUGCCGUGGUCCUCCUCGGUUAUUCCUUUUGGACAAGUUCGAUGUUGCUGGGGAUGGGGCGUGUUUAAAGAGAUACACUGAUCCGUCAUUCUUUAAAGUGGAACCAGCAUCCUCAAUAGCGACAGUAGAGAUGCAGAGAGAAAAGAAAAUCCGUAAAGUGAAGAAGAAAGGAUCACGCUGGAGGAAUGGAGAAACCCCAGAAGCUGCACUGACAUCACAUGCCAAAUUGCAUGAGUUGUUCCUGGAGGAGCGUAUUGAGAAUGGUCACAGUGACCCUGCACGUCUUGUGAAAUUGAAGAAAAGACAUUUGAAUGGAUCUGCAGUUGACUCAAAAACUGGGAAAAGUUACAUGGAGAAAUUUCUGGAGACUCCUUCACCAGAGCGUAAACUUGUUUGUGAAACUUCUGUUACUCCACCACUCUUGAGAUUGACCUCAGAUAAUACUGGUGAGCCAGAGCUUAGAAUACUUGACAUCAGUAUUGUGAGUCCUGCAGCAAUGUCCCCAGAAACCAAAAGCACUAGCUCUUCACCUAACUCCCAAGAAGCUAUAUUAGAACUAUCUGUGGAUGGCUUUAAUGGGGAGGCUUAUGAUGAAGAAGUUGCAAAGGGGUCUGAACCAAACUCUGAUGUUGAGACUAAUAAAAGUUAUUCCAACCUACAGAAGGUGGCAGUUGAUAAGCGAUUAGCAGGUGAUGGAGAACACAAAACUGGAGGUAGCGUAGAGGGGUCCACCCCCUCCAGUUCUGAUGAUAUGACCAGUGAGGUAGACAAUUACAUGGAUGCUCUUGCUACAAUGGAUUCAGAAAUGGAAACUGACAAUGAGUAUAAACCUAAGAACAAUGUGCGGUUCCUGAAUGUUGAAAAAUAUGGGACAGACUCUGAUGCAAAUGAGGAGGAACAUCUGGAUCUUCCAACUCGGUUUCCGGAUUCUCAGUCGAUUGGGAAUUCCUCUGCAUCAGAUGACGGGAAGAAUUCGUUCGAAAAAGAUAGAGCCAGUAUUUCACACUCUGAUACUUUAAGCAAUUUGGUUCAGAGUACACCAUCAGAGUGUAAUGGAGCAGCUAAAGAAUUCCCUUCUACUGAAACUUGUGGAGCUGAUAAUUUUGAGAUGUCAUCCGACCAAAACUCUGAAAUUGCAGAGUCUUUAGAAGCCACAUUGAAGGAGCAUGUGGUGUCUCAAAAUGCAUGCAUUAAGGAAGAAGUACUUCCUGAUAGUGGAGAUACAUCUUGCAGUGCAUUUGUUAGGGAAACAAGUCCUACACUACAACAUUCAGACCCUGGGGCAAACUCACAAGUGGUAUCAUUGGCGGGACUUGUGUUAGAUGAAACACCCUCUGAUGAAAUUAACGUUGGUUAUAAAUCAUUAGACAUCAAUGAAAAUGGGACACAUCUGGAUGAUUCUCUGGCUGUUGUCCCUAACGAUUCCUCCCAGAAUAAGGAUGAAUUCACAAAUACUUCUUCAAGCCAUCCUGUUGAUGAAUCAGAUGAUGAAGAUUUAGGUGUCAGUUCUGAUGCUUUGCUGCAUUUGUCAGAUGUUGAAGAGCUUUCUUCUGAAGAUCAAAUUGGAAAUAAUGCUGUGAAUGAAAUGUCUCAGACCCAGUGUGCUAAUGAAGAUUCUAUAGAAAGCUUCGCCAGAAGAAAGAGUGAUUCACCAUUUUUAAGUAUUUCACCCACAGAAGAGCAGGUCUCUUCCUCAGCACUGCCAGAAGUACAAACACCUUCAGGUAAUAUGGUACGGCCUUAUUAUAGAGAUAUUAUAAAUCCUGAUAACAUGGCUUCCAAACUUGAUGAUCCUGUCACACCAACUGCAGUCAAUUCUGAAGUUAUACCAUUUGUUGUGGAUGCUGCAUGGAGCACAGAAGAGUUAUGUCCUGUAGUAGAUGCUCCACAAACACAUGGCCUACUGGAGCAGCAGGAUGCUCCACAGACACAUGGCAUAAUAGAGCAGCAGGAUGCCCAGCAGACACAUGUCCUAAUAGAGCAGCAGGAUGCCCCGCAGACACAUGUCCUAAUAGAGCAGCAGGAUGCCCCGCAGACACAUGUCCUAAUAGAGCAGCAGGAUGCUCCACAGACACAUGGUCUAAUAGAGCAGCAGGAUGCCCAGCAGACACAUGUCCUAAUAGAGCAGCAGGAUGCCCCGCAGACACAUGUCCUAAUAGAGCAGCAGGAUGCCCCGCAGACACAUGGCCUAUUAGAGCAGCAAAUCUCUGAUUUAAGUGAGGAUGUUCCCCAACUUGAAUCCAUCUCAGCAGAAGCGGUUGCUCCACAUUAUAAGCAGAAAAUCGAUGUCGAAGAGACAUCUAGGACCAUGGAUGGUGAGGAGUUACGGUUAGUCACCAGUGGUGCUGAUGUGGAGGGUGGCGAUACAGUUUCUGUGGAACUGCCAUCUAACUGUCUCACUUAUCCAGGCCAUGAGGAUCAUGCAAAGUCAGAUGAUGUGGUACCUGAAACACUUCAUGUAGAAACUGUGGCUGUGCCCUAUACUGCUGUUGCCCAACCUGAUGAUCAUGUCAAUGAUGUUAGUCAUUCGUCUCCAAAUGCAAUUUCUUCUCCACCAAGGAAUUUUAUAAAUUUGCAUGAAUCUCUUCCUGGAUUUGGGGAUUCCCAAGAGAAAGAAUCGGAAUUGGAUGAGGUAGUUUUUCCAGAAUUUGUCACAUACUCAGAAGUGCAAAAGGAAGCAAGUAAAAAAGAAGUUGUUUCUCUGGAUUCAGAAUCAAACUCAAGCAAAUCAGUUGCUUAUGACCUUUCCAGUUCUACCAAUGGUGGUCAUCUGGAUGAACUGACUGAGAACAGUUUGGCUGUCUGUGAUGUCACCGCAGAAUCAAACCCAAGCAAAUCAACUACUUAUGACCAUUCCAGUUCAAAAAUAUCUGAUAAUGGUCAUAAUUUUUCCCCCGAUCAACAGUCUGAAAACAGUUUAGCUGUCCAUGAUGUGACCACAGCCUCAACAUCUUUAGAAAUGAGCCAUCCAGAGUCCGAAUCACAAUCUCUGGAUCAGAGUGACAAGGAAGAUGUUGUAUCUUCACCCACGUGCCACCUCCCAGAGCCUGAAACUAGUUCAGAAAAAUCAUUGGAGUUGCAAGCUAAUCAAGUUGAUAUGGAAUAUUUGCCAAGAGAUGGAGCAGAUCGGCCAGAAGCUGCCUUAGAGCAGUCGCUGGUGUUCCAAUCUGAUCAACUUGAUGUGGAAUGUUUGCAAGAAGAUCGAGCAAGUACUAACUCAUCAAGUCUUCAAUCUGCACAGAUAGGGGCUCCAAAUCACAUGGAUGAGGAAAGAUCCAAAGAGUUACCAUCGACAGAAAACGUCAAUCAGGACAUAGGCUUGGAUGCUUCCUCAGAAUCUUGUCCUCGAGACCUCCCAAGUCAACCUUUAACAUCAGUGGUCUUACCAGAAUCAGCAGGUCAGGAAGUUGAUGUCACAAAGCAAAUAAUGGAACCAUUAGAAUCUACCCUUCCUAGGUUAGUCCCUGAAGCAACUGCGGUCAAUCUGGAGGACAUGCCACCAUUGCCACCUCUACCACCUAUGCAAUGGAGGAUAGGAAAGCAACAUCCCUCCCUACCCUCAUUCCUGCCAAUACAGCCAUCAGAAGCUGAUGAGAAAGCUCAAUUUGAUAUACCAGCACCACAGAGGGAGGUGCUGCAGCCUCAGAACCCAUUUUUGCCUCUCACAUAUGUGGAAGACGGGAAGUCCCAACAUGUUUCUGAACCUUUGAUGGGCAAUGUGGUGCACCCUGCCCCGUAUUCAUUGCAUUUACCAGCCAUAGUUAAUGAUGCUAAUUAUCAAUACAGUUUCCCUGAUUUAGGGGGAGCGCAAUUCCCAAACCCAUUUUUAUCAUCGUCAGAGAUAUCUGAUGACAGGUCUGGACAUAAUCACUUUGCUUUAGAAGGAGAAAAAGUUCAGUCUAGUACAAAUCCAUUCAUGGUACCGCAUACUGAAUGUACAACUUUUAGACAUGAGCCUGAAUCUUCUGAUGGAGCAAUUAUCCUACCUCUGCAGCAGUUAACACUGGAAACAGAUUUAGAGUCUAAGGUACUUGAACAUUCAUUGAAAAAUUCAGAAUGGGAACACGGAAAACCCCCUCCCACAUCUGUGACAGCACCAACAAUGGUAGAUGAGCAGCCUCAGCAUAGUUUGACAACAUCAGAGGGAGAAACGACAUGGUCUCCAAAUAAUUCUGCUGCAAUGUCAGACUAUGAAGUUGGAAGGUCCAAUGGAAUUCCAGUUAGCAAGCUCCCUCGUCCAAGAAAUCCCCUGAUUGAUGCUGUUACUGCUCAUGGCCAAAGCAAGCUGAGAAAGGUAACUGAACGAAUUCGGCCUCAGGUUGAACCUAAGGUAGAUGAAAGAGAUUCAUUGUUGCAACAGAUAAGAACUAAGUCCUUCAACUUGAAGCCUGCAUCUGUGACAAGACAAACAGUGACAAGACCCAGCAUUCAGGGUCCGACAACCAACUUGAGGGUUGCUGCCAUCUUAGAGAAAGCAAAUGCGAUUCGCCAGGCAUUGACAGGAAGCGAUGAAGAUGAUGAGGAUAGUUGGAGUGAUUCUUAAAGGGAAUUAUUCUACUAUAGCUCUUCACCAGCGCCGUUAAUGGCUUUGAGUGGUGGUGGAUGCUCCUUACAGAAAUCUGGAAUUUUCUGUAGUUUGGUGUAUUCUCCUCUUUACUCAAGAUUCAUGUGUAUUAUACGACCCCCUUUCUCUCUCUCUCCUCCCCUCCUCCGCCCCCCAAAUGAAAAUCUAUUUGUUGAAACGUCGCUCAGCUCUAUUGACGGAAAUCUAGUGUGAGGCAAAUGCUUUAUACAAGAAUGACAGCUGCGGCGCAGCGUGCAAGCGCAGUUCCAAUCUACUUCCGCGUAUAAUCAUUUUUAAGAUAUUGGCAGGUGUAAAUUGUUGGAGUGAUAUAAAUGUAGUAUGUAGUGAAAUUUUGUAAUCCUGUAUGUAAUGGUUCUUACAAUGCAUAUAUAUGUAUCCAUAUACUCCAUUUUCUGGCUCAUAUUUCAGUGGCCAUUGUUUUUCUGUUCAUAUGGUUUUGUCGGCGUGCGGAACUUCUUAAAGAGAACAAAUAUUUA